CCCAUGUCUAUUUGAUUUAGAUCUAACAAAAUAUUGACCAUAAGAUGAAAUCAACGAAUUCAACUCUGGUGAUUACACAUGCCACCCCUUAUUCUUCUUUUACUACUUUGCUUCCUUCCAUGCAUGAAAUUCUCAUCCUCUACAGGAACCAGUCUUCCACUCUCUUUGAUCUCUUCUUCAUUCCCUUUUAUAUUUCGGGUCUCAUUCAAUUCCCAUUAUCACACACAACUCACUUAAUUAUGGAUUUCGAUCCAUUCUUUUAGGCUCUCAUCUUCACUUCCCCCAAUUUAAUCUCACAUUUCUCAAUUUCCCCCAAUUCAAAUCAACCCCUUUGAUGCUCUCACUUCAAUUUCGUUUAAAUUCGAUCCUUGAUCGCUUUUGAGUUUCACGCCCACAACAUGUUUGAUGUAAUGCCUCAAAGAAAAACUUCAGCAAAUGUAGCAGGGUGAGUCUUGAAUUUACUGUUUAAUCGAAUCUUGAUCUUGUAAUAAUGGAGGAUGAGCAUGAUGAACUGAGAUUUGUGUGUAAGUUGUGUGAUAAGAAGUACCCAAGUGGGAAGUCACUUGGUGGUCACAUGAGGUCUCAUGUGAUCGCUGCUGCGGCAGCCACCGCAGCAAACUCAUCGGAGUCCGAUGAGAAGUUUUCGUCUUUGUUGAUUGAUGGAAAUGGAAUGGAUAACGGGAACCCGAGUGCUUACGGGUUGAGAGAGAACCCGAGAAAGACUUGGAGAGCGGUCGGUUCUACGAUUGGUUCUUCGACAUUCGCGUUCCCAAAUGAGAAGAUUUGUAAGCAAUGUGGUAAAGGGUUUCAAUCUUUAAAAGCUUUAUGUGGUCAUAUGGCUUGUCAUUCUGAAAAAGAUAGAAACUUUAAGGAUUAUGAUCAUUCUUGGACCAGUGAGAAUCUUGAACAAGAUGAUAAGCUGAUCAUCGAUAGCCAUUCCGACACUGAAGAACCCGAGUUUCAAGACCCGACCCGUGUGACAAGAUCCAAGACCAAGAGGUACAAAAAGGUUGUUAUCAAACCUUACUCUUUAAAUGUGGCAUUAACCAAUAAUGAUAGUAAUAAUAGUAAUUACAAUUAUGGGUCAUCUUCUGUUUCUGAGACUGAUGAGCUUGAUCAAGAAGAAGUUGCUAUGUGUUUGAUGAUGUUGUCAAAAGAUUCCGCGAAUUGGGCCGGUGUGAAUUCGGUUGUCGAAUCGUCGGACAAUAACUCUGCUGUUCUCGAGACGAAAUCGUCUUCGGUUGAAAGAAUCAGUAAGAAAUCAAGUGGCGGUUUGGAUGCCGAUAGUGUUCAAUUCGAGAAUCUUACUGCUAGAAAAGUCGAAUCCGACAUUUCGGUUGAGGAAUUGCUUCGAUACGGUGACCCGAACAAGAAGUCGAAACGGGUAUUCGAUAAAACGCAAGAACUGACUUACGAACAGAAGCUCGAAAUAAGAAGGAAUUUGUUUAGAGAAUUCGCGUAUUUGAAAAAAAGAGUUCGCGAUGAUGAUGAUUCAUAUACUCCUGAAUUAGAACGCGAGGGGCCGAAUAAGAAACGAAACAAGUACGAAUGCUUGAACUGCAACAAGGUUUUUACGUCGUUUCAAGGGCUUGGCGGGCAUAGACCGUGUCACAAAAAGAACAAUACGGUCGGGUCAAAACACGACAGUGGCGAAAACAGUUUAGAAGGUGACUUUGCACAUACUCGAAAGGCGAAAUACGAUAAGAAAACAACGAAGGUGAAAAAGAUCAAAGGGCACGAAUGCCCGAUUUGUUUCAGGAUGUUUAAAUCGGGGCAAGCUUUAGGUGGUCACAAACGGUCUCAUUUUAUUAACGGGUCGAUGGAUCAUUAUGCGGCCAUGGGUCAUGCGGCUCCAUCGUGUUCGGAUAUGAUUGAUCUCAAUCUUCCUGCUCCAGAAGAGGACCAGGAUUGAAUGGUCAACGACUCAACGAUUGAGCGGUCAACUGGUAAAAAAGUUCAAUUUUUUUUUUGUUGGUUUUUUUGCAUAUUUUUCAUGGUAUAAACUAGAGAGGUUAAAAGUUGCAUUUUUGUUUGUUUUGGUUAUGUUCAUCAAAUUCUUGCUAUGUUUCUUGAAAACAUGUUGAAUUUUCAAGAUUUUGGGAUAAGUUACAGGAAUUUUCUUUAAA